GGGUGUGUGUGUUUCUGCCAGAAACAGUGAUGGGCGACCAGCUGCCUCCACAGCGUGGGGGGCAGACUUCCACCAAGGAAAACCUCGCCGCUGUGAGAGAAACCGCCCACAGUGGUCUGAAUCCCAGAGGACAGUGGGCAAACAAGGCUGAGUUCCUCCUGGCCAUACUGGGGCAGAUCAUCGGUCUGGGCAACGUGUGGAGGUUUCCGUAUCUCUGCUACAAGAACGGAGGAGGUGUGUUCCUUAUACCUUACCUGUUGUUCCUGGUGCUGUGCGGCAUCCCCCUGUUCCUCCUGGAGACCUCACUGGGACAGUACACCAGCCUGGGAGGGAUCAGCGCCUGGAGGACUAUCUGCCCAUUAUUCGGAG